AUGUCAAUCCGCGAGCGUAGCUCCAGCACGUCGAUAACGACUGGUGACCACAAAGUCCGCAUCGUCGUUCGAACAGAAAUAGAGCACGCGCAAACCCCGUCCCAGCCUAGUGUCCCCGAUAAUGAGUUCUCAAAACUCGUUAUGGGUGUUAUAGCCGUUGACCAAAAACGAUUGCAAAGCAGGUUAACAGCGGCUAUGAGAGAUAUGAAUAGCGCAGCGGACGCCUGGAGCAGGCUAGAGGAGAAGCUGGAGGAGACACAUGGGGAGAACUUUGACUUGGUGCUGGCAGGGUACCCCGGCAAGUUGGACUGUUCGUUGGAUUCUCUGAGGGAAGCGCUGAACGAGCUCGAGAGAAUAUCCACCGCCAACGGACGCUGGAUCAACGCGUCUUUCUCUAGGCUUAACGGAAACUCGGUGGCCGCAGAGGCGGCGUCGAUGGAGGGAAGUGCGGACGAGCAAGAGUCGCACUCUAGUGACUGA